UGUGAGACAGAUAACAGAUGAUUUGAUAACUCAAGAAAACUUGUCGUGUACAAAAAAUUACAAAUCAAAAUAAAUAAAUAAGCUCAUAAAUGCAAUUUCUAUGGAUAAGUGAAGUAUUAACCUAGAUCGUUUGAUAAAGUAAACACACAGCUUGGAAUUAUGGAAGAAAAGUAUAUAUUGACUCUUGAUAUUGGCACGACUACAAUUCGCUCUUUUAUUUAUAAUUCUAGAGCUGAAGUAGUUGGUAAAGCAACUGACCAGGUGAUACUUCACUAUCCACAGCCAGGUUUUGUUGAAAUAGAUCCUGACGAAUUGUGGUCUGCAGUUGUUAGUGUAGUGAAAAAAUCCCUGCAAGAUGCAAGUCUCUCGGCGGGGCAGAUGUCUGCUAUGGGUAUUUCGACCCAGCGGAGUACGUUCAUCACCUGGUCCCGAACUAGUGGGAAGCCGUUCCAUAGAUUUAUCACGUGGAAAGAUAUGAGAGCGGACAGAUUAGUUCGGCAAUAGAAUGAUUCCUAUACUUGGAAGCUCAUCAAAGCUGGUGCAUACGCUUUAUAUCUAGUGACAAGAAGUAAAAGAUUCAGAGCUGGAAGUGCUCUGAGAUUUAUGAAUUCUCAGACUACGUUAAGACUGCACUGGGCCGUGAACAACGUACCAGAGUUAAAGACGGCCAUAGAUGAAGGAGACGCUAUGUUUGGGACACUGGACUGUUGGCUAUUGUAUAAACUAACAGGUAACAAAAUCCACAUGACGGACGUAUCAUCGGCAUCAGCUACUGGCUUCUACGACCCUUUCACGAUGCAAUGGGCCGGUUGGGCCAUGACGCUGUUCAAAAUACCAGAAGAAGCGCUGCCUAUGGUGGUAGACACCGCUGGUGAUCACUUCAUCAGCACUUCUCCUGCUAUAUGGGGCCACCCGAUACCCAUACGGAGCUCGAUGGCAGACCAGACAGCGUCAAUGUGGGGCUCGUGUUGCUUCGAAGUUGGUGACGUCAAACUGACCAUGGGAACGGGAACAUUCUUCGACAUCAAUACGGGGUUGCAUCCCCAUGCUAGUGUAUCUGGCCUGUACCCCGUAGUGGGAUGGCAGAUAGGCAAGGAGCUGGUGUACUCGGCUGAAGGAGCCAACAGCGAUACCGCGUCGAUCAUCAAGUGGGCGCAGGCUUUAGGUUUAUUCGAAAAUCCAGAAGAUACGGCGGCAAUUGCUCAAUCAGUUCCAGAUUCAGAUGGAGUUUACUUCAUUCCAGCUUUCAGCGGUUUGGGCCCCCCAUAUAACGACGGGACCGCCGCGUCAGGUUUCGUAGGCAUGAAGCCCUCGACCACUCGAGCGCACCUGGUGCGAGCGGUGCUAGAAUCGCUCGCGUUUCGCACCGCGCAGCUUUAUGACUGCGUGCGCAAUGAAACUGACUUCGAUUUUCAUAGUAUAAGACUGGACGGAGGCGUGUCUAACAACGACUUCGUGGCUCAAUUAGUGGCUGACCUGACCGGACUGAGGGUGGAGAGGCCAGUCAAUGUGGAGAUGUCUUCGCUAGGAUGCGCUCACAUUGUCGGGCUACAGUUAGGUAUCUGGAAAUCCAAAGAAGAGCUCAUAACCCUCAGAAAGGUAGGUUCGGUCAUGAAACCUCGCCGCGAAUCCCGCCGAAACUACCAGGCGCACAUAGCUCGCUGGGAGGACGCCGCUCGCCGAAUGUGCGGUUGGUACUCUCGCAAACCUUCCCUCCCCGAUGACGUCACACCUUCCAGUAAGGGUGGGAACAGAAGAAACGGCCGAGCGUCAAAAUAGCAAUGGCUUUUCUGCGCGAUCGUGGUGACUAUCGCGUGCCUACCGGUAUACAGGUGAUAUAAGCUGCGUAGGGGCGCACGGGUGUGCCCCCACCUUUAUAAUUGGUUGAUCGGUUAAAACUUUAAGUCGGUUGCGGAUGUUUGCAGGAAUUCUGAUUUUGUUUUUUCUUGGUUGGCAACACUGAGUUGUUGUAAUGAGGGCUAUCGUUGUAGCGCUCACCAGUUAGCGCCACUGUAGAGAGUAAGGUCCUGUCACUUGCUAGUCGCGAAGACAGUGGCACCAACUU